AAACCUAACACUAUAAAACGACCACGCAUCCUGAUACUCUCAAUCACCUUCACAAUCAAAACCUUCUCCACUUUCCUCUACUUAUUUAUUCAUCUCUAAACAAAUCACACACAAAGAUCCAACCAUGGAAAGCAAAUUUCAAACCUCAGUUUUACUUGAGUUGUCAGCAACAGAUGAUAUUGAAGCUUUCAAAAUUGAAGUAGAACAAAAGGGUUGUGAUGUAAACGAGGCAGGGUUUUGGUAUUGUAGAAAAAUUGGAUCAAAGAACAUGUGUUACGAAAAGAGAACACCCCUUAUGGUUGCUUCUUUGUUUGGAAGCACUAGGGUUGUCAAAUAUAUCAUUCAAACUAACAUGGUUGAUGUCAACAAGCAAACUGGUUCUGAAAAUGUCACUGCUUUACAUUGUGCUAUUGCUGGUGGCUCUGAAUCAACCCAAGAGAUUGUCAAGCUCUUAAUUGAUGCUGGAGCUGAUGUUGAUGAUUGUCUUGAUGAAAUAAUUAAGCAGAAAUUUCCUGUGCUUAAUUCAAAAGAAUUAUUAGGCAGUGAGAAGAAAGAGUAUCCUAUUGAUAUAUCAUUGCCUGAUAUAAACAAUGGUGUUUUUGGAACGGAUGAGUUUAGAAUGUAUAGUUUCAAGGUCAAGACUUGCUCAAGGGGUUACUCUCAUGAUUGGACUCAGUGUCCAUUUGUUCAUCCUGGUGAGAAUGCUAGAAGGAGAGAUCCAAAGAAGUACCUUUAUAGCUGUGUUCCGUGCCCCGAGUUUCGCAAGGGGACAUGCCAGAACAAAGAUGCAUGUGAAUAUUCACAUGGUGUUUUUGAGUCCUUGCUCCAUCCUUUACAAUACAGGACAAGGCUUUGUAAAGAUGAGAUAAGAUGUUCAAGAAAAGUGUGUUUCUUUGCUCACAAACACGAAGAGUUGAGGCCUUUGUAUGCUUCUACUGGUUCAGCUAUGCCUUCACAAGAGUCUUUACCAACUUCAAAUGUUUCAACUCCCAAAAGUGAAAACUUGUGGCAGAAUGAAGUCAACCUUACCCCACCUUCCUUGCAGCUUCCUAAUAGGGAGCUGAAAAGUGCUUUGAGUGCAAGAGAUUUGUAUCAUGAAACGGACCUGUUACAUAGCGUUUCUAUGCAACCAUCAACUCCUUCUCAAUUACAAUCUAUGAGUAGGCUUCAGUUGAACCAAAACAGGAACCAUGUUCAAGCAAGUUAUCCUUUCAACAACUUUGCUUCCCCUCCUGCAAGAAAAUCAUCAGCUUUUGGAUUUGAUUCAUCUGCUGCUAUGGCUGCAGCAGUGAUGAACUCAAGAUCUUCAGCCUUUGCGACACGAAGCCAAAGUUUUAUGGACCGUAGUGUGGCACGACACCAUAUCAGUGCUUCUGAAUACAACCGAAGGAUGAACUACGGAUUGUCUGACUGCAUUUCACAUGAUGGGGAUGAUCCGAACAAAUUCAAAAAAUCUGCUUCUUUUGGGUUUAGGAAUACUAUGGUAGGUGUGUCACAGCCAGAAUAUGUUGAACCGGACGUCUCUUGGGUUCAUUCUUUGGUUUCUUCUGAAAGUUCUGAGAUAUUUGGUGCUGAGAAGCAGCAUUAUGGUCUCUAUAAACAAAUGUCAUCACCAUGGGCAGAACAGAUUGUAGCAUAAAUUGCCUCUUGAUUUUUUUUUACUAAGUGUCACUAUUAUCUAUUUAUUUAAUUGUUAAUUGAAAUGUUAGCAUUCAAAUUACCUAACAGUAUAGUUAGAUAUAAGAAGAGAGGUGAUGCUAAGAAAAAAAUUUCAGGCUAGUCCAGAGAAUUAUAUAACAUGUAUAUUUUCUUCUUUCUCAAGGAAAGAGAUUUUACACAAUGAUACCUUAGACUAAUUACUUAGUUAGAUUAUUCUGUUAUAACUUAUAAGGUGGCACUUUCAGCAUAGUAAUCAAUUUUCUAUUUUGACUC